AUGCCGCGCACUCGGGUCUCCUGCCAUACCUUCAACGCCAACCUGGGUAAGGGCAAAGGCAAGACAGAUUACGAUAAGUGGCUCGUCCCUACACGGUCAGACGACAGCCGAGAGUACGCCGACGAGGAACCUCCUGAUAUCUACGCUAUAGGUUUUCAGGAGGUGUUGCCUUUGCACUGGGCGCUCGUCGGUCUAUCGGGCUCCGUGCUGGACAAGCACGACGUCGGCAUCAAGCAGGCUAUCGAGAGCUACAAUGAGAUCACCAACUUGCCGGACAACAAGCCCGGGAGGGAGGACUACACGCUCAUGGCAAAGCACAUCAUGGGCACUAUCGCCCUGCUCGUCUAUACCCGUGACGAGACGAUCACGAACAAGGUCAGAGAUGUUCGCGUCAGCUCUGCGGGUACGGGCUACGUGUAUAUGGCCAACAAGGGCGGUGUGGCCGUUCGGCUGACCGUAGACGAAGCCGACGAAGGCGAAAGGAAAUCGGGCGAGGCCGUCUACACUUUUGUGAACUGUCACCUCGCCGCACACGAUCACAAGAUCAAGCAGCGCAACGACGACUGGAAGAACGUCAUCUCCCGCUGCGUCUUCACGCCCGGACAGCCUUCACGUCACUUCACGCCGCCCCGACCGCGCUCGCCUUUCUCGGGCUCACAGCCACUGCAAAUCUACGAUUCCUCGUACCUCUUCGUCAUGGGCGAUCUCAACUAUCGCCUAUCUCAGACGACACCCCGUCCGCUCAGCAUCAAGCAGAUUGGCAGUCAGAUCCACUUUGAGCUGCCCAAGCUCUUCGAGCACGACCAGCUCAACCAGGAGAAGGAAGCAGGCCGAACGAUGCACCAUCUCUUGGAAGGCGAGAUCGACUUCAAGCCGAGCUACAAGUACAAGGUCAACACGGCGGAUACCUACAAAGAUUUCAGCAAGCGUAUCCCCGGUUGGUGCGAUCGCGUGCUCUAUGCUACUUGGGCCGAUGACGGCGCGGGCGACGGCACGGUGCGCAAGAAGAAAGGCGCGACAAAGACGAAAGAAGCUCGCAUAGAUCUGUAUCGGUCUAUCAUGGCCUUUACAAACUCUGACCACAAGCCCGUUGUCUCCAUCAUCUCCCUGCCAAGACAUCCUCACCGACCGCACGAGCCGCUUAGAUUGGCGCACUCGCCACCCUUUGGCGUAGAUGGCAGCUGGCGCAUCAAGCAGAUCAUCGGCACUCUUUUCGAUCGCAUCGUCGGUCUGCUCUGGUGCGGCGUCGUCUUUAUCGGCUUUGGCAAGGAUCGUGUCGGUCUGGUCAACAUCAUCAUCCUUGGCUACUUGCACUAUCGCUAUGGACUUGAUCCUCGCACUUGGUCCAAAUGA